UCGCAGGAGUCACAGAAAUCGCAGAAGUCACAGAAAUCGCAGAAGUCACAGAAAUCGCAGAAGUCACAGAAAUCGCAGAAGUCACAGAAAUCGCAGAAGUCACAGAAAUCGCAGAAGUCACAGAAAUCGCAGAAGUCACAGAAAUCGCAGAAGUCACAGAAAUCGCAGAAGUCACAGAAAUCGCAGAAGUCGCAGAAAUCGCAGAAGUCGCAGAAAUCGCAGAAGUCGCAGAAAUCGCAGAAGUCGCAGAAAUCGCAGAAAUCGCAGAAGUCGCAGAAAUCGCAGAAGUCGCAGAAAUCGCAGAAAUCGCAGAAAUCGCAGAAAUCGCUGAAGUCGCAGAAAUCGCUGAAGUCGCAGAAGUCGCAGAAAUCGCAGAAGUCGCAGAAAUCGCAGAAGUCGCAGAAAUCGCAGAAAUCGCAGAAAUCGCAGAAGUCGCAGAAAUCGCAGAAGUCGCAGAAAUCGCAGAAGUCGCAGAAAUCGCAGAAGUCGCAGAAAUCGCAGAAGUCGCAGAAAUCGCAGAAGUCGCAGAAAUCGCAGAAGUCGCAGAAAUCGCAGAAGUCGCAGAAAUCGCAGAAGUCGCAGAAAUCGCAGAAGUCGCAGAAAUCGCAGAAGUCGCAGAAAUCGCAGAAGUCGCAGAAAUCGCAGAAGUCGCAGAAAUCGCAGAAGUCGCAGAAAUCGCAGAAAUCGCAGAAGUCGCAGAAGUCGCAGAAGUCGCAGAAAUCGCAGAAGUCGCAGAAGUCGCAGAAGUCGCAGAAGUCGCAGAAGUCGCAGAAGUCGCAGAAGUCGCGGAAGUCGCGGAAGUCGCGGAAGUCGCGGAAGUCGCGGAAGUCGCGGAAGUCGCGGAAGUCGCGGAAGUCGCGGAAGUCGCGGAAGUCGCGGAAGUCGCGGAAGUCGCGGAAGUCGCGGAAGUCGCGGAAGUCGCGGAAGUCGCGGAAGUCGCGGAAGUCGCGGAAGUCGCGGAAGUCGCGGAAGUCGCGGAAGUCGCGGAAGUCGCGGAAGUCGCGGAAGUCGCGGAAGUCGCGGAAGUCGCGGAAGUCGCGGAAGUCGCGGAAGUCGCGGAAGUCGCGGAAGUCGCGGAAGUCGCGGAAGUCGCGGAAGUCGCGGAAGUCGCGGAAGUCGCGGAAGUCGCGGAAGUCGCGGAAGUCGCGGAAGUCGCGGAAGUCGCGGAAGUCGCGGAAGUCGCGGAAGUCGCGGAAGUCGCGGAAGUCGCGGAAGUCGCGGAAGUCGCGGAAGUCGCGGAAGUCGCGGAAGUCGCGGAAGUCGCGGAAGUCGCGGAAGUCGCGGAAGUCGCGGAAAUAG